GUGCUCGCUAACAAAUGAAUGCUUAACAAAUGCCCCCGUAAUAAUAGAGAGGAGGAGGAGGCAGGGAGGAGGAGGAGGUGGAACAGCAGCCACUUUUGCCUCCCUGGGCAGCUGCAGAGCACGUUGUAGACGCGGGAGCAUCGGCACGGACCUUGUGAGCACAGCUGCGGAGCCCGGGACGAGGCGGUAGAGGAUAGAAAGCAGGAGCAGGAGCUAGUGAGAGUGGUGCACUGACUCCUGAGAGACCUUGUCUGGCAACCCCCUUGUUCUUUCUUCCAGGGAAGUGAAGGAUUGCAAUUGUGCUCUCUUUCUACCCUCCAACUCCUUUAACUGGCGGCUUUCGCAUCUUGAAGAAGUAUCGAAGGUUUCGCUCCUUGAAAAGAAGAAAUCCCUACCACAUGUUUCCUGCGUGUUGCUAGCCAUGGCGAUUGAACUCUUUUUUUUAUUGCUGAUCCUUUGUGGAAGUACUGUUCCAGCUGACUCUUCACAUAAAACAUCUUCUGGAACUCUGGAUUUUGGAUAUUUGCCUGCAGGAAACUAUGACACGAAUGCCCACUAUGAACCUGGACCAAUAGAAAUUUUGUUUCGAGUUGUGCAUGGCUUCCUUUACAUAGUUCAACCAAAUCCUUUUCCCCAAGACCUUGUCAGAAAGAUUGCCCAACAGAGGUUUGAACAUUCAAAGACGGAUUAUCAGAAGGCUGUCUACUAUGAAAUCGGUUUUAUUAUUUCUGCUGGCCUGGGAUUGCUGUUUAUUCUCUUGCUGCCUCUGGUGGGGCUUUGCUUUUGUCUGUGUCGUUGCUGUGACAACUGUGGUGGGGAAAUGCACCAGAGACAGAAGAAAAAUGGUGACUGUCAGAGGGGCUGCUUUGCAACAUCUCUUUUUGUUUCUUCUUUAAUAAUAAGUAUUGGCGUACUCUGUGCUUAUGCGGCAAAUCAACAUCUAACGACUCAAGUUCGAGGAGCAAAGAAAUUAGUGAAUAGCAAUUUUAAAGACUUGAGAGUCCUCGUGACUGAUACACCAGGGCAAAUUGAUUAUUUGCUGAGCCAGUACAACACCACUAAGAAUAAAGCACUAGCAGACCUAAAUAACAUUGGGCCACUGCUUGGAGGCCGAGUUCAGGAGCGAUUGGCAAAACAAGUGCUCCCAGCACUUGAUGCUGCUUUGACCAUGGCUGGGGCAAUCAGAGAAACAAAAGAGGCAUUGGAGAAUGUUAGCGCCUCUAUGGAGAUUCUGCAGGAAGGAACGGACAAGCUGAAUGCCAAUUUGACAGACGUGAAAAUGAACCUGAGCAACACCCUCAACGACUCUGCCUGCACAACUGCCCAAGCUGCCUCUACUUGUAACGUUAUCAGAAAUUCAUUAAACCAACUGGAUAUCAAUGCCAACUUUAGCCGGCUUCCAGGUGUAGGCCUGCAGCUCUCCAAAGUCAAUGAAGUUCUCAAAGUUGACCUCUCCGGUUUAGUUCAAAAGGGCUACGCAGCAUUCAAUGAGACCCCUGAUUUGGUGCAGAACCAAACCAAGAAUAUUUUAUCAGCCCUCCCUUAUGUCAAAAGUAUUUUGGAUACAAUCGGUUCAAAUAUCACCAGCUUAACCAAAAUGGUUCCGCUUGAAAAGAUGCUGAAAGAUUUCACAAAUUAUCUCUCUCAGACUGAGGCAUAUAUUGAAGAUUAUUUCCCUGCAAUAGAACAAUAUGACUUCUACAGAUGGCUGGGUUGUUUAAUUAUCUGCUGCCUGGUAGUCCUGAUUCUUGUGUUCUACUACCUGGGAUUACUGUGCGGUGCUUGCGGUUAUGAUAAACACACUACUCCCACCAACAGAGGCUGCGUCUCAAACACCGGAGGCAACUUCCUCAUGGCGGGAGUUGGAUUCAGCUUCCUCUUCUCUUGGGCCUUGAUGAUCAUCGUGGUCUUCACUUUUGUAUCAGGUGGAAAUAUGGAAAAAUUAGUCUGUGAGCCUUUUGAAGAUAAGACUUUAUUUCAGGUUUUGGAUACACCCUACUUAUUAAAUGGGCAAUGGAAAAACUACCUUUCUGGUCUUUUGUUUCAAAAUCCUAAUAUUAAUCUUACCUUUGAGCAAGUUUACAGUGACUGCAAAGAAAAUAAAGGCAUCUAUACCUCCCUUCAACUAGAUAACAUUUUCAAUGUCAGUGCGUUUUUGAACAUUAGUGUGUAUACGGAAGACCUGACCGUUCAAUUUGAAAGUAUUAAAAUAAAUCUGAGCAAUAUAGUUUUGCUGGAUGAAACAGGGAAAGAAAACCUUCUGAAUUUCAGUUUUUCAGGAAUAGACGGAAUAGAUUUUGCAGCUUACCUGGCUGAGGUCAAUAAAAGCAUAACAAAAGUGGAUCUCUUAUCGUUUUCCAAUGACUUAGAAGCAAGGGCAGAGCAGUUGCCCAAAGGAGCUUUAGAAAAUGCCCUAAAAGGACAUGCAAACAGUAUUAGGAUGAUCCAUCGCCAGCAAGUCAUUCCCAUGGAACAAGCAAUGAAAUAUGUUAAAGCUAGGAGCACUUUAAAUCAAAGCAUUAGAUUACUACAGAAGACAGCAACUGAACUUAUGGUGCAAGUAUCCCAGGUGAUUGCCACUGUGGAUGCUGCCCAGUUGCUCAUUAACAACAAUGCAUCCUUCAUUAUCAUUCAGGAAACCAAGAAGUACAUGGAUUCAAUAAUAGGUUACUUUGAGCAGUACGUUCAAUGGGUCAAGGAUUCAAUAACCAUGGAUGUGGCAUCCUGCAAACCUAUUGCAAACAUAAUUGAUACUGUAGUGGAAAUAUUUCUGUGCAGCUAUGUGACUGACUCUGUGAAUAGCUUCUGGUUUGGUUUGGGAGGAUCUACGAUAUUUUUAAUUCCUGCCAUCAUCUUUGCGGUAAAAUUAUCCAAACACUACCGCAGAAUGGAUUCAGAAGAUGUGUAUGAUGAUGUUGAAACUGUACCCAUGAAAAAUAUGGAAAAUGGUAAUAAUGGUUAUCAUAAAGAUCAUUUAUAUGGUAUUCCCAAUCCUGUUAUGACAAGCUCCAUGGAACAGUGGUAAAGGAAUUGGAAUUUUGAGCUUCAACAUGCUCAUACAGAAAAUGAGAUGGAACUGUCCUAGCUGUAUUUGGAUCUGUCAGCACUUUAUAAAUUAAGAAACCCAUCUUGGUGGCCUCCUGAGCUCAAUUCUGGAUCAAGAAAAGUGUUAAAUGUUAUCCCACGGGCUACUGUAUGGUAGAACUUACUUUGUUUUGCUGACACUCUUCAAAGACAAUAUUUACCUUUACAGAAAAGUUAUUUUUUACUUUUUUAUGCUGGGUUUCUAGAUCGAAAACCAUUAUGUAUUUGUUUAGUUUAAACCUAGUUUUCUUCAAGAAACUGCCCAAACAAAACUCAGAUGUUGAUCAUACUAUUGUAUGAAGAAUAUAUUAAACAUAUAGUUUACAUUAAAAAAGCAUUUUGUACGCAACAAUUUUGUAUAUAUACAUUGUUUCAACAAUCUCAAGUGUUAAAAGUUUUAGUAUUAUGUACAUUCCUUCAAAGAUGAGCGUAGCAUGAUUAGUGUUGGUGCGUGCUUUUGUGAAAUGAGUUUUGAUUGAAAUUGGGUAUUUCAACUCUGAGGUAGCUCAUUUUUGUCCAUGCCACUUGGGGGUUUAUUCUGCUUUUUGAAUGAUCAUAUAUCAUCAUAUGGAAAAUAAGAUUCCAAAGAAAAAGCAUUUCUUCAAAAUAAAUUUGAGAAAGGAAAGGAACUAAAAGAGAUAUUUGGGACAUAGUAGAACCUGUGCAUCUUUGUGUUACUUUUUUAGAGGGAAUUUAUUUGUGGUUUUCUGGAUUAUAGGACAGUAGGAGAAUUAUGGAAAGGAUCCAAAUACUUAGUUAAUUUUGAGUUACAAUUAAGUCAUUUAUUAAAAAAAUUUGAGAGCUCUUGUACUUUUUUUCCAGCUUCUGUUUCCAACAAGAAUGAUAUGUUUGAAAUAGGCAAGUAAAGCAAAAUGGAAAAUGAACUGCCUAAAUGAACUGUUAGGUACAGAAUGUCGGCGUUUAGACCCAUCUCACUGGGUCCAAAGAAUUAAGCAAUAGGUAGCACAUGUGGAAUGAUAUUCAUAAUGUAGGAUUCUAAAAUAUUUUAUUUUUCACUUGGAAAAGAUGUUCCCAAUUUAUUUCAAUAAAAAAACUUGUUAAAUGUGGUU